GGCCUGCGUGGGGCCGCGCGGCGGCGGCGGUGGCGGCGACUCCGGGCCGGGCCGGACCGCGCAGGGCCAUGGCCGAAGCGGUGAGGGCGGCCCGCGCGCGCACGGACACGCGGACUCGGGGCCCCGGGGACGGCCUGCGCGUCCCGGGCUCGGCGGCCCGGCCUGGGGUCUCGGUCCAACAGCUGGACAUGGAGACCCAACGCUCAUCACCUCUGUCAUUCCCCAAUGUCCUGCCAGAAGAAACGCCGCGGCAGGCCCCUGCUGGACUCCCCCGAGAAGCCCUGUUCCAGUCCCGUGUUCUUCCCCCCAAAGAAAUGCCUUCUUUGUCUCCCGCUGUUCCCCGGCAAGGCUCCUUACCCCUCACUCCCAAGCAAGAGACCUCCAGCCGCAUGCCGCACAUCCUCCAGAAGGGACCCUCACUCCUGUACCCUGCAGCCUCUGAGCAAGAGACACAGCUCCAGGGUCCCCUGACUUCCCAGGAAGAGACCCGGUAUCCACCCCCAUGUGCUGCUGAACAAGAAAUCUCACUUCUCUCUCACUCCACCCACCACCAAGAAGCCUCGCUCCACUCCCCUGAAGUUCCUGAGAAAGACCCCCUCCCCCUCUCCCCCACAGUUCCCGAGGCCGACAUGGACCCCUUGCUCCAGAGCCCAGUUUCCCAAAAGGAAACCCCCUUCCAUAUUUCUGCAGCCCAGAAGGACACGCCACUCCCGACAGCGGAGAUCACCCGCUUGGCCGUGUGGGCUGCGGUCCAAGCGGUGGAGAGGAAACUAGAGGCCCAGGCCAUGCGGCUACUGACGCUGGAGGGACGGACAGGGACAAAUGAGAAAAAGAUAGCUGACUGUGAGAAGACGGCUGUGGAGUUUGCAAACCACUUGGAGAGCAAAUGGGUUGUGCUGGGGACCCUGCUGCAGGAGUACGGGCUGCUGCAGAGGCGGCUGGAGAACAUGGAGAACCUGCUGAAAAACAGAAAUUUCUGGAUCCUGCGGCUGCCCCCGGGCAACAAUGGAGAAGUUCCCAAGGUUCCUGUCACGUUUGAUGAUGUCGCCGUCCAUUUCUCGGAGCAGGAGUGGGGGAACCUGUCCGAGUGGCAGAAGGAGCUAUACAAGAACGUGAUGAGGGGCAACUACGAGUCUCUGGUUUCCAUGGACUAUGCAAUUUCCAAACCAGACCUCAUGUCACAGAUGGAGCGUGGAGAGAGGCCAACCAUGCAGGAGCAAGAAGACUCAGAGGAAGGCGAACCACCUGCAGACCCCAGUGCUGCCCAUGACGGCAUCGUGAUUAAGAUUGAGGUGCAGACCAACGACGAGGGCUCAGAGAGCUUGGAGACACCGGAGCCCCUGAUGGGACAGGUGGAAGAACAUGGCUUCCAGGACUCGGAGCUGGGUGACCCGUGUGGAGAGCAGCCAGAUCUGGACAUGCAGGAGCAGGAAAACAUGUUGGAGGAGUCCACAGAAGGCUCCGGCGAGUUCAGCGAGCUCAAGCAGAUGCUGGUGCAGCAGAGAAACUGCACAGAGGGGAUCGUGAUCAAAACCGAGGAACAGGAAGAGGAAGAGGAGGAGGAGGACGAUGACGAGCUGCCGCAGCACUUGCAGGACCUCGGGGAGCUGUCCGGGAGAUACAGCGCCAGCAUGUACCAGACCCCGCUGCCAGGAGAGCUGUCCCCUGAGGGCGAGGAGAGCCCCCCACCCCUGCAGCUAGGAAACCCUGUGAAGAGGCUGGCGCCCGUGUCCCACGGUGACCGGCACAUGAGCGACAAUCGGAGCUCCUCAAGCCAGCAGCAGCGGAACCGGCGUGGAGAGCGGCCCUUCACCUGCAUGGAGUGCGGCAAGAGCUUCCGGCUGAAGAUCAACCUCAUCAUCCACCAGCGCAACCACAUCAAGGAGGGGCCCUACCAGUGCUCCGAGUGCGAGAUCAGCUUUCGGCACAAGCAGCAGCUCACGCUGCACCAGCGCAUCCAUCGCGUCCGUGGAGGCUACGUGUCGCCUGAGCGUGGGCCAGGCUUCGCUUCCAAACACACGCUCAAGCCACGCCCCAAGUCGCCCAGCUCGGGCAGUGGCGGCGGCCCCAAACCCUACAAAUGCCCCGAGUGCGACAGCAGCUUCAGCCACAAGUCGAGCCUGACCAAGCACCAGAUCACGCACACGGGCGAGCGGCCCUAUACAUGCCCGGAGUGCAAGAAGAGCUUCCGCCUGCACAUCAGCCUGGUCAUCCACCAGCGUGUGCAUGCGGGCAAACACGAAGUCUCCUUCAUCUGCAGUCUGUGCGGCAAGAGCUUCAGCCGCCCUUCUCACCUGCUGCGCCACCAGCGGACUCACACGGGCGAGCGGCCCUUCAAGUGCCCCGAGUGCGAGAAGAGCUUCAGCGAGAAGUCCAAGCUCACCAACCACUGUCGCGUGCACUCCCGGGAGCGCCCGCACUCCUGUCCAGAGUGUGGCAAGAGCUUCAUCCGCAAGCACCACCUGCUGGAGCACCGGCGCAUCCACACGGGCGAACGGCCCUACCACUGCGCAGAGUGUGGCAAGCGCUUCACGCAGAAGCAUCACCUGCUGGAGCACCAGCGCGCCCACACAGGCGAGCGGCCCUAUCCCUGCACGCACUGCGCAAAGUGCUUCCGCUACAAGCAGUCGCUCAAGUACCACCUGCGGACCCACACAGGCGAAUGAGCCGCCGCCCAGCCUGCCUGCCCAGAGGCCUGAACCCAGCGGGCAGGGCACUCCCCGAAGCCCCCAGCCCCUUUGCUGUUGAGCCCCCCUCUCCUUUCAUCCCUCCUCCCAAGGACACAGGAGUCCUGAGACCAGGUCGCUUGCCGCCGUGUUUACCGGGGCUCCAGGGGUGGGGAGAGCUUGGACCUGGGGGAACCCCUUCGGGCUGUUAAUUUCCUUGACAAUAAAAUGGAUGAAACCAA